GAGAAAAAAAGAAUUUUAUUUCCGCGUUUAAUUUUUUAUUAUUAUUAUUUUUCAAAAUUUGUGUUUUUUUUUUGGUAUUUAUCCAAUAUAUUAUUUUCACACAUCCAUAGUCUGCCACUACCCAUUGCAGUUUUCAGUGUCAAUCUGUACAUAUACAUACAAAUAUGUUAAAUAUUUAAUAUUAUCUAUAUAUUUGUAUCUAUAUGUUUUCUCUCUCUUCUUUCUGUCUAUCUCUAUCUUUGUUACUUAGUAUAUAGUUGAAGUGAUGAGUAGCAUUCACUAUCAACUUUUGUUGUGAUUGGGGAGAUUCAUAUAAAGGGAAUUAUUUAUUUAUUUAUUUUUUUGUAAUAAAUAAAUCAGUUUAAUUUCUACAUAUAAGGGAGUUUGCAGGAUCAUGUGAUGAAAAAUUGCAGAAUAAUUGACUGAAAGUUUGAAACUUGCUUCAGUUUCUUGCAUUUAAUCAAGAACAAUGUCACGGCCGCUCCACAGAGGUUUCUCCGGCGGCGGGAGACUAUCCGGCGACUUUCAUGACUUCUUAGAAGACUCCCAGAUGAAAUUCAAGGCCGAAAAGGAAGAUUUCGAUAAAAACCGAUUAUCCCCUAAUCAUAGAUGCUCAUGGAACCCAUUUCAUUUUAUGUUUACAUAUACAACUAGUUCACCAUCCAAACAAAGUGUUCACGAAAACGGUUUUAUUGUUCCUGAUACAUUCAGCCCUGUAUCAUCACGAAAACGCUAUAAACUAACGUUAUUUUUACUCAAGUUCAGUUUAUUCGUUAUUGUAUUUCUUGCGCUUACGGGUUCGUUUUGGUGGACACUAUCACUCACAGCCGCGUCUAGAAACCAGACGUUUCGCGGGUCUUACAGACGCCUUCAAGAACAACUGGUUUCGGAUUUUUGGGACAUUGGUGAACUCUCACUAGGUGCUUCUAGAACAAAAGAAACAAAAGAAACAGAUUUUUGUCCUCUAGAGUGUGAAAAUCACAUACCAUGUUUUAACAUUAGCGAAAAUCUUGAAUCGGGUUUGACCGAGGGUCAACAACAAGACCGCCAUUGCGGGCCCACAUCGAAACAGAAUUGCUUAGUUCUUGCUCCUUCGGGAUACAAGAUUCCGCAUAGAUGGCCUACUGGAAGAGACGUUAUCUGGAUCGAUAACGUUAAAAUCAACGCACAGGAGGUACUUUCGUCGGGAAGUUUGACAAAAAGGAUGAUGCUGUUGGAUGAUGAUCAGAUUUCGUUUAGUUUUGCGUCUUCGAUGAUUGACGAUAGUAUCGAAGACUAUUCACAUCAGAUUGCGGAAAUGAUCGGUUUACGAAACGAAUCUUACCUUGUACAAGCUGGAGUGAGAACGGUAUUGGAUAUAGGUUGCGGUUUUGGUAGCUUAGGAGCACAUUUCUUUCAAAAUCAUCUUUUGACUAUGUGUAUAGCGAAUUAUGAGUCUUCGGGGAGUCAAGUCGAAAUAACUCUCGAAAGAGGUCUUCCUGCAAUGGUUGCUUCUUUUACUGCAAAAAAGUUGCCAUUCCCGUCACUUUCGUUUGACAUGGUACAUAGUGCGUGGGAUGGGAUCGCCUGGAAUCACAAAGACGGUAUACAUUUGAUAGAAGUCGAUCGAGUUCUUAGGCCUGGUGGAUACUUUGUUUGGACCUCAUCGGUUGCAAACACACGGGCUUCUGGUCGAAAGAAAGAUAAUUCAAACACAGGGGAUAUCGUGCGCAAUUUUGCGAAAGAUCUAUGUUGGGAUUUAUUAUCGCAACAAGACAAAACCGUUGUGUGGAAGAAGUCUAGUAAUAAAGAUUGUCAUGCUUCCCGGAACCACGACCCUUCGGUCUGCAAAGUGGGCCAUGAUGUUGAAUCGCCGUAUUAUCAUCCACUAGAGGCAUGCAUUGGAGGAACACACAGUCGCCGGUGGAUUCCAAUUGACGAAAGACCAAAAUGGCCUUCUAGAGCCACAUUAAGCUCCAAGGAACUCGCGGUUCAUGGUGUACCUUUUGAUGAUCUUAUUGAAGACGAUCUGAACUGGAAACCGGCGGUUAGAAAUUAUUGGUCGCUACUUUCCCCACUUAUAUUUUCGGAUCAUCCAAAACGACCCGGAAUAGAGGACCCGAUUCCCCCUUAUAACAUGGUCAGAAAUGUGUUGGACAUGAAUGCUCAUUUUGGCGGUUUUAAUUCCGCCUUAUUAGGAGCUGGGAAAUCUGUAUGGGUCAUGAAUGUGGUCCCCACCAGUGGGCCCAACCACCUUCCGCUUAUCCUAGACCGAGGUUUCGUUGGUGUCUUACAUGAUUGGUGUGAAGCAUUUCCAACGUAUCCUAGAACUUAUGAUCUGGUUCAUGCCGAAGGCUUUUUAUCACUAGAAACUUCAAAGCGGCGUCGUUGCAGUAUGCUGGAUGUAUUCUUUGAAAUGGACCGGUUACUCCGCCCUGAGGGUUGGGUGAUACUACGUGACACGUCAUCUCUAAUCGAAGCCGCAAGAACAAUCACUACAAGAUUAAAAUGGGAAGCGCGAGUUGUAGAAAUAGAGAGCAACAGUGACGAAAAACUCCUUGUCUGCCAAAAACCUUUGAUAAGAAGGCGGUCAAACCCGUCUUAAAUAAAGUCAAUAUCCAUUGGACAAUCAUACACUUCAACAGUAGAAGUUUUACAAAAAAGCAAAAAUCCCAUGGGAGCCGUAAGGCAAUCGUGGGGCGAAUGUAAUUAGGCGGAUAUUUAUAGUCGGGGAGGAUUUUACAUUUUUUUUUGUUAGAAAUCGGUUUGUGUUGUUAUCAACUAUACGAAAAACGGGAUGAAUUUAGUUAUGGUUAUAGGAAUAAACAGAAGCUGGGAUCAGUGUUAAUGAUAAUGAUGAUAUACAAAGAUUUGGAUGUUGAAGCAAAGUGUUAUGUUGUUGUCUUU